AUGCAGCGCGCGUUCGCGUCGGCCGCUGCUGUGCCAAAAGGCGCGUCGCCCAAGAAGAGCCGCCGCCUUCUCCGCCUCGGGCCGCCAAUCCAGUCUCGGCUCGCUGACAAUGGCCGCCAGCCGCCUUCACCUGCGCACCCCCAGCCGGCAACCCGACUCCCCUCGUUGGUGACCGCCAGACUCCACGACGCUCCUCCGCGGCGUGCCAUGGCCGUGUGCAAGUUCUUCCUCCAGGGCAACUGCAAGUUCGGCGACAGGUGCAAGUUUGACCAUCCCGGCGCCCAGAACCAGCACCGUGGCAAUCAACAGACUCAGAACCGCUUCGCCCCCUUGAACAAUGCCAACACCGGCGGUCAAGGCGGCAGAGGCCCCCAGCGAGGCCCUAGACAAGAUUUCAAGUACAAUCUGGACCCCGACAUCGUUCAUGUCGACCUGACGUCCGAUCGCCCAAUAUGGCCGUUCUCGGUUUACGCGCCAGGGAGGACUGCCCCUCGGCACCUGAUUGAAGGUCCGAUCAUGGAGCAGAGUCCGGAGGAAAUGCGUCUGCGCUAUUAUGGUGCAGCACAAUCAGGCAAUCCUCAAGAAGCUGCCCAACAGGAGACUCAGCUGCUAGGCGAAAUGAACCAGCAAAUCCAAAAUAUCCUGGGCGAUUUGACUGGUGCCUGCAGAUACGUCCAGGAGGGCGAAAAUGUCCACCCCAACAGACUAGACAAUACGAGCGGAGCACCGGGCCAACAGCAACAGCAACAAGCCGGCACUUUCGCACGUGGUAAUGCAGGUGUGGGCCAACCCUCGGCAUUUGGCGCAGCAAAACCAGCCUUUGGGCAGCCGGGCGGAUUUAGUAGUGUUCCUAGUCAACAGCAGAGUGCAUUUGGUGCUCCUUCUCAGCCGCAAGGCGCAUUCGGAAGGCCAUCGGCAUUCGGCGCGUCAGCAAAUCAGCCGUCAGCAUUCGGCGCGCCAUCUGCUCUUGGUGGUGGUGCCGCAAACCCGGCGUUUGGCAAGCCGGCAUUUGGUGCUCCCUCAGCAUUUGGACAAGCUGCGAAUGCGGGAUCUACAGCAGGCGCAGCGCCGGCCUUCGGUCAGCCAUCUCAGCCUAGUGCAUUUGGUCAACCUGGAGGUGGAGCUUUCGGGGCAAAACCGGGAUUCGGUCAACCGGCGGGCGGUAGUGCUUUUGGUCAGCCCUCACAACCUGGCGGAACAGGAGCAUUUGGAAGGCCAACAGGGACACCAGGAUUCGGGCAGUCGGGCUUUGGACAAGCAGCUCAGCAGACCGGAGCUAAUGGCUUCGCUCAGCUGGGCCAACAGCAACAACAGAACCAACAGGCAGGAGGGUUUGGACAGGCAUCGAAUCAACAAUCCGGAGUCGGAGCAUUCGGGCAGCAGCAGCAGCAGCAGCAGCAGCAGCCUGCAGCUAAUGCUUUUGGUCAACCAGCCGCAAAACCUUCUCCUUUCGGCGCACCGGCCCAGCAAGCAGCACCCAGUGCAUUCGGAGCUCCCGCCCAGCAGGCAGCACCCAGCGCAUUCGGAGCUCCUGUACAGCAAGCAGCACCCUCCGCGUUUGGAGCUCCUGCACAACAAGCAGCACCAAGCGCUUUCGGCCAAUCCUCUAUGAAUGGCCUUUCCGCACCACAAGCGAAUGGUUUCGGCCAACGGCCGCCUCAAUCCAACCCCACGCCUAAUGUCGCUGCUGGCGCCGAUGUGUCAUCUUACACCACGCGUGGUAACAAUAACCAGCUCCUCAGCUGGAAGGGCCAGCCAGUCCAAUACAUAGACGGCAACCCUUACUAUCGCCGACCUGAUAACGGUGCAUGGGAGCGCAUAUGGCUGCCGGAUGGACCUCCGGCGGAGAACCCGUACUGCUACGCAAAACCAGAGGUAUAUGGAGAGGUGCUGAAGGAGGCGUAUGAGUAUUUGAACAGGACAGGAAGCUUCAAGGAUGGGGUUAUGCCGGAGGAACCACCGAUUCAUGCAGCUGUCAGGUGGGACGUUUGA